CCUUGGUUAUAAGAUUAUAUUAAGAUUUUUGUGAACACCUUGUACGUUCCGAUGUAUCUAAUGGCGAUACAGCCCACAAAGCUGACUUAAUUGCGUCCUCGACAAAUGUGCAAUAUGUAGGUAUGCACACCUAUGCACUACAGAAAACCGAUAUUACGAUAGGGCCGUUAGCAAACCCUGUGAAAUUGAUCAAUAGAUUUUUUGCUCUAAUAAUUCCCACAAUUAAAGUCUCCUAUAUAAGCUAAUGAACCAACGCAUACUGCGUGCACUAUUGUCUCAUAUUCAUUAGACAUAGCAUACAGUAUCCGCGUACGCCAAGAUGUUGUCUCGCGUACUAGCCGCUUGCGUUCUGGUGUCGGCUUGCCAAGCUAUUUUCCCGUUCCACCAUCACCACCACCACCACCCGGCGAUCUCCCACCAGGAGCUGCAGAAACACGACGGGCCGCACCACCCCGUCCACAUCCCCAUACACCACCAUAUUCCCAUCCACCAUCACGUGCCGCUGCUGCACCACCAUGUGCCCCAUGUCCCCCAUGUGCCCAUCCACCACGUCCCGCAUCAUGACCAUUAUGCGUUCCCCGAGUACAAGUUCGAAUAUGCAGUGCACGACCACCACACGGGCGACGUCAAGUCGCAGCACGAGCACCGCCACGGUGACCUGGUGAAGGGAGGCUACGAGCUGGUAGAGCCCGACGGUCGCCUCAGGAAGGUUGAAUACAAGGCUGAUGACCACACGGGGUAGGUACCAGUUUGAAAGGUAGAAAAGCAGCUCCGACUUCUACUGGUCAGAGUGGUGUUUGUCUCUGCAAAUGCUGCUAAUAUA